CACUAGCUCAUCAGGAAACAUGGCCACUGCCAGGAUCCAGCCGCUGUCCGCUGGCCAGCAGCAUGAAUCUGCCGGCGGCGAUCAGGAUCAGAAGAAGAUGGUGGUCUACACGGUGUGGAUGAAAUCGCUGGUGUUCAAUGGCCAUGGCUGCACCAUCUACGGCCAGAACGGUCGCGUGGCCUACCGCGUCGACAACUAUGCCUGCACCCGCAGCCGUGAGGUGUUCGUCAUGGACACCGCCGGCAAAGCACUCAUCAAGCUACACCUCAAGAAGAAUUUUGGCUUCUUCGAGACAUGGCAAGGCUACUUAUGCUGCAACGAUGACGACGACGACGACGACACCUCAAGCUUUCAACAGGAGCCAUGGUUCAGUGUUCGGAAGGAGCACAGGAUUCUGAACAAGGACGGCCGGCGGCACGGCAGUAGAGCCAUCGUCAGGGUCGCCGCCGAUGGCAAGGCGUACACUAUCGAUGGUGCUUCGCGCGGGUCCGAGUACUACAGGGUCAGCGACAGCGACGCAAGGGCGGUCAGGAGGAAGCGGACGGCGUCCGGGGUGGCGCUGGGAGAGGACGUCCUGACGCUGAUGAUGGGCCCCGCCGCGGAUCGCCUGCUCGUCGUUGGGCUCGUGGUCGUGUGUGGCCUGCUCAGCCGCUGCAUCUGAUUGGUUGAUGAAGGGGACCUAGAGGCUUCAGUUUCAAGUGAUUUUACACUGGGGUUUUUCGAUUGUUUGUUCACUGGACAGGAAGAAAAAACACAUUAUGGUUAUUUCGUGUCUGGAGAACGUAAAAAAAAUCUGGACAAAA